ACGUGAGUAAUCGACCCCAGAUCUCAGUGAAGCCAGAGCAAUGUUUUCAUGCCUGCUGACGACCUGCGCCCAUGGCGCCCGUAAUGUCGCUGAUUAAGGAGGGGACAUCAUAACAUCGUGUUUUACGUCGCUUUAGUAGAAAUAAUCACGUGCGUUUUGCUACCCCUGGUUUAAAUUGAAUUAAUUUCAUCUCUAAACCCGCCAUGACCGUGGAGCAGAAUGUCCUCCAGCAGCAUUCUCAGAAGGUGUAACUUCCCUCACACUUCACUGACGUCGCCAUCCUCCGUGCCAACAAACCUGCAUCCAUCAGUCUGACAGUGACCAAAACACACCGUCAUCUUCAUGUUUACUUGUCUCCAGUGGUUGAAACAUGGCGAUAUGUAAAAAUGUUCACCAGCAGACGCUAUUAAACCAGUUGAGGGAGGUCACAGGCACCACAGACGUUCAGCUGCUUCAGCAGGCUCUGCAGGUGAGCAAUGGAGACAUGGCCGAGGCUGUGGCGUUUCUGACAGAGAAGAAUGCCGAGGUUCCACAGCAAGAUGAGACAACUUACUACCAGACGUCCCAGGUGGCCAGCGACAGAUACAUCAGCGUGGGCAGCCAGGCAGACACGAACGUGAUUGACCUGACUGGAGACGAUAAAGAUGACCUGCAGAGGGCUAUCGCCCUCAGCCUGGAGGAGUCCAACCGGGCAUUCAGGGAGACGGGCAUCACUGAUGAGGAGCAGGCCAUCAGCAGAGUUUUGGAGGCCAGCAUAGCGGAGAACAAGGCAAGUCUGAAGCGUACCCACACAGAAGUAUGGAGUGAUUCACCCAACCCACAUGACAGGAAGAGGAUAGACAGCUGCCCUGUGGGUCUGAAAAAUGUUGGCAAUACCUGCUGGUUCAGUGCUGUCAUACAGUCUCUGUUCAACCUGCUGGAGUUCCAGAGGCUGGUGCUCAACUACUCACCACCAGCCAGAGUCCAUGACCUGCCUCGCAACCAGAAGGAGCACAGGAACCUGCCCUUCAUGCAGGAGCUGAGGAACCUCUUCUCCCUCAUGGUGGGGUCCAAGAGGAAAUAUGUGGAUCCGUCACGAGCUGUGGAAAUACUCAAGGACGCCUUCAAGUCGAGUGAAUCGCAGCAGCAGGAUGUGAGCGAAUUCACCCACAAGCUGCUGGACUGGCUGGAGGAUGCAUUCCAGAUGAAGGCUGAAGAAGACAGGGAGGGUGAGAAGCCAAAGAACCCCAUGGUGGAGCUUUUCUAUGGUCGCUUCCUCGCUGUCGGUGUCCUGGAAGGUAAAAAGUUUGAAAACACAGAGAUGUUUGGGCAGUACCCCCUGCAGGUCAAUGGCUUCAAGGAUCUCCACGAAUGUCUUGAGGCAGCAAUGAUCGAGGGCGAAAUCGAGUCCCUGCACUCAGCAGAGAACUCUGCCAGGUCUGGACAAGAGCAGCUGGGAGCAGCUAAUUACCAGGUCAGUGCGCAGAUGAGUGUGGCACCAAGCCCUCUGGAAAAGCCCCUGCCAUCAUCACAACACUGGUUUACAGAACUUCCUCCUGUGUUGACCUUUGAACUGUCAAGAUUUGAAUUUAACCAAGCACUGGGGCGACCUGAGAAGAUCCACAACAAGCUGGAGUUCCCCUCUAUGCUCUACAUGGACAGGUAUAUGGACAGGAACAGGGAAAUAACCAGGAUCAAGAGAGAGGAGAUCCGGAGGCUGAAAGAGCAUCUGACACUUCUUCAGCAGCGACUGGAGAGGUAUCUGAGUUACGGCUCAGGCCCCAAGAGGUUUCCUCUGGCAGAUGUCCUCCAAUAUGCCAUGGAGUUUGCCUCCAGUAAGCCAGUGUGCACUUCCCCAGUGGAAGACAUUGACUCAUCAGCACCCCCCGGUGGCACAACAGGACAACAGCUGCCCACGCCAAGCACAGCUGAGCAGGACUCCUUGCCUCCUCUAGAGAGCUCAGGCCCUGCCUCAGGUCCCACCACAGCUCCCACUGCAGCCCAGCAGCAGAGAGUACCCAUUCAUAAGCCCUUUACCCAGUCCCGGCUACCUCCUGACCUUCCCAUGCACCCUGCCCCACGCCACAUAACUGAAGAGGAGUUGAGGGUGCUCGAGGGCUGUUUGCAUCGCUGGAGGAGUGAAGUAGAAAAUGACACCCGUGAUCUGCAGGGCAGUAUAACCAGAAUCCAUAGAACCAUUGAGCUGAUGUACUCUGACAAAUCUAUGAUGCAGGUUCCAUACCGGCUUCACGCAGUGCUUGUCCAUGAAGGCCAGGCUAAUGCAGGUCACUACUGGGCUUACAUUUACGACCCACAUCAGCGUUGCUGGAUGAAGUACAACGACAUCUCUGUCACAAAGUCGUCAUGGGAGGAGCUGGUCAGGGACUCGUUCGGAGGCUACCGCAAUGCCAGUGCCUACUGUCUCAUGUAUAUCAAUGACAAGAAGCCCUUUCUCAUAGAAGAAGAGUUUGAUAAAGAAACAGGACAGAUACUCAGCGGCAUGGACAAACUGCCACCUGACCUGAAGCAGUUUGUGAAGGAGGACAAUGAGCUGUUUGACAAGGAGAUCGAGGAGUGGGAUGCCUUGCAGGCCCGCAAGGCCCAGCAGGAGAAGCUGGCCCUCGCCGCUGCAGCUGCAGCUGCAGCAGCCUCGGCAGCAUCCAGCACUUCAACUUCUUCAUCUUCCCCUCAGCCCAUGAGUAUUGAGUCCAGCCCUCCAGACAACGCAGUACCCCAGCAGGAUCCAGAAUACAUGGAGCAGCCAUCACCUACGAAUGACUCCAAGCAUCUGCAGGAGGACACCGAGCGAGCCAUCUCCAGGGCUGCUGCUGAACAGGAGGAGAGGAGCCCUGAAGCAUUGUUAAAUGCUUCUCUUCCCCCUCCCACCUCCCCUCAGCCUGAGGUCCAGGUGAGCACCCCUUCCACCCCUCCUCCUGACCUGGUCACGGACGAUGAGUCCCCUGGCCAGCGCACCGUAGAGGUGGCCAUUCCUAAUGUGGGGACCUUUGUCAUUGAGUCAGAAGAGGGGGGGUAUGAUGACGAGGCGAUGAUGACCCCCAACAUGCAGGGUAUAAUUAUGGCCAUUGGCAAAACCAGCAGCGUAUAUGAAAAGAAUGGGCCUGAGGCAGCCUUUUUUAAGGCCAUAAAGCUGGAGUAUGCUCGUCUUCUGAGAUUUGCCCAGGAGGACACACCUCCUGAGAAUGACUACCGUCUGCAGCACAUCAUCGUCUACUUCAUCCAAAACCAGGCACCCAAGAAGAUCCUGGAGAGGACUCUGCUGACACAGUUUGCUGACAGGAACCUGGCCUUUGAUGAGAGAUGUAAGAGCAUUAUGAGUGUGGCACGUGCCAAACUGGACCUAAUUAAGCCAGAGGAGGUCAACAUGGAUGAAUAUGAGAUGUGGCAUCAGGUUUACCGGAAUUUCCGUGAGAUGACCAUCUGCAUGGUGACUGGCUUGGAGCUCUCACAGAAGACAAAUUACAUGGAGGCCCUGAUGUAUCUGAUUUAUGCGUACCAGUACAACAAGGAGCUUUUGUCCAAGGGGCUGUACAGAGGGCAUGAUGAGGAGCUGCUUGGUUAUUACCGUCGGGAAUGUUUGUUGAAAUUAAACGAGCAAGCGGCUGCCAUGUUUGAGUCGGGAGAAGAGCCGGAGGUGACCACCGGCCUCGGCAUCAUGAACGAGCUGGUGGUGCCCUGCAUCCCUCUGCUGCUGGCCCACGACACAGAGAGGGACCUACUGGCGGUGGAGGACAUGAGGAACCGCUGGUGCUCCUACCUGGGCCAAGAGAUGGAAUCCCACCUCCAGGAAAAGCUGACCGACUUCCUCCCCAAGUUACUGGACUGCUCGACGGAAAUCAAAAGCUUCCACGACCCUCCCAAGCUGCCCACCUACUCCACCCUGGAGCUGUGUGAGCGAUUCAGCCGCAUCAUGGCCGCCGUCUGCAGGUUGCCCACCGAGGGGAGAUGAGCUCAGAGGGGACAGCAGUACACCUCUCCCUUAUCACAGGCCCCACCCAGGGCAGAAAUCCAUGGACCUCUCUUAACCCAUGCCUUCCUUAUAAAUCCAGGGGUCACUCGCUUCUAGCUGUUAUUCCUCUGUUACUCUUUUGCUGCUAUAGGUUUUAUCAUGAUGAAUAUUAGUUCACUUUUAUUUUAAACAAGACAUGACGGAGGUAGGAGGAGAGGACGGACUGUCGGACUGUUGGGAGGGAAUAAAGAAAUGAGAGGAGAAGUUGAUGGAAAACCAGUGGCAAUCCUGCGGUGGUUGAAAGCCAAGCACAUUCUGCUUCAGUUUAGCAAAAAAAAAAAGAAAAGUUUGAGGGUUUUUCAUAGUUUAUUAUUGUUGUUGUUGCUGUUUGAUUCAAGCUUCCCCAACCACGCUCAUAGCCCUUUCUAAAGCACCCCUCUCUGCGUGAAAAGGAUCACCCUGCUGCUCUGCCUCCAGUUUGGUACAGUAUUACCAUGUUUUGUUUUAUUUUUCUAAGGAAGUAAGGAAGAGAGCCUUCAGAUUUAUCAGCGGCUCAGAGUAUCUCAAAAUGGGUCUCAUGUCUUUGUGGACUGCGCCAGAAUGAGAUGUUUUAAGUGCUGUGGUAGACAGCCAUGGACUUCCUGUGGCUUGUUAAUAAAUCGAGAGAAUAAAAUUUUAUUUAUGGCCCUUUUAGGCCAAAUAAACAAA